AUGACAGAUCUAUUGGUCGGUACCAGUGUCUGGAAUGGAAGUCGAGCUGCGAAUGGGGUUAGCGCCCGCCAACUUGCAUCCCCAGCCACCGAUCGCAAAAAGCACAUGGCUGGGACGGACGCGCCACCAAGACCCAACGGGGGCCCCUCCACCAAGAUGGUCCAACGCAACAUUACCAUCGCGAUCAUCAUCAUCGUGCUCUUCAUCAUCCUCGCAAUUGUAGGAUUUGCCAUCUACGCUGUCCAGAACCACGUUUCAUUCUUCUCAAAGAAGAAGGAAAUCGAUGAAGAGAGCGCCGACGGAGGGUGA